GAUUUCUUUUUGUGAUUAGUUACUUCUUCUGAGAUUAAAGUCCAACAUUAUUUGCGUUAUUUAUCAAUAAGGUAUACCACAUAUUGACUUAAUCAGUAAGGCUGCAGUAGGACCAUUGACAUUGCUAAUAUCUUGUACGGACUUCAAUUUCUCUCCAUUUCACUUCGAAAAUACUCAAGAUGUCACCGAAAACGAAGGUUUACGUUGUUGGUGUCGGUAUGACAAAAUUCGAGAAACCAGGCAGACGAGAUGAUGUGGAUUAUCCUGACAUGGCAAAAGAAGCUGUUACGAAGGCUUUGCAAGACGCACGUAUCUCUUAUGAUGCCGUGAAAGCUGCCUGCGUUGGAUACGUUUAUGGGGACUCCACUUGUGGUCAAAGGGCAUUGUAUGAAGUUGGUAUUACGGGUUGUCCCAUAUACAAUGUAAAUAACAAUUGUUCCACUGGUUCUACUGCUUUGCUUAUGGCUAAACAAAUGAUCGAAAGCGGUUCCAUAGAUUGUGCUUUGGCUGUUGGAUUUGAAAAGAUGGAAAGAGGCUCCUUGAUGUCCAAAUUUACAGAUCGCACGAAUCCUAUGGAGAAACACGUGGAAGUCAUGUGUGAAAUUGCUGGUAUGGAUGCCAGUCCAGUUACUGCCCAGCUGUUUGGAAAUGCUGGGAUUGAGCAUAUGAAAAAAUAUGGUACAAAACCCGAGCAUUUCGCAAAGAUCGCUUAUAAGAAUCAUUUACAUUCCACGAACAAUCCGUAUUCUCAAUUCCAAGAGAAAUAUAGUUUGGAAGAGAUAAUGAAAUCUCCGAAAGUAUUUGGACCACUUACCAAACUUCAGUGCUGUCCGACAUCCGAUGGUUCGGCUGCUGUAAUUCUGGCCAAUGAAGACUUUGUACGUAAACAUAAACUCGAGUCGCAAGCGGUAGAAAUCGUGGCGAUGGAAAUGUCUACGGAUCUGCCGUCAACGUUCACAGAAAGGAGCGCUAUUAAGCUUAUCGGUUACGAUAUGACGAAAAAUGCGGCCGAGAAACUAUUCUCGCAGUGUCAUUAUAAACCAAGCGACGUGAAUGUUGUAGAAUUGCACGAUUGUUUCUCGACUAACGAGCUCAUUACUUACGAAGCUUUAGGUCUCUGUUUACCUGGCCAAGGUGGAAAAUUAGUCGAUGCGGGAGAUAAUACAUACGGGGGAAAAUAUGUAGUAAAUCCGAGCGGCGGUUUGAUCUCGAAAGGACAUCCUUUGGGAGCAACAGGAUUGGCACAGUGUAGCGAACUGUGCUGGCAACUUCGAGGUCAAGCUGGUAAAAGACAAGUGCCAAACGCAAAACUUGCAUUGCAACAUAAUAUAGGUCUAGGUGGAGCAGUUGUAGUUGCUCUGUAUCGUAUGGGCUUCCCUAAACAAGGAGUAGCCAAGAAAAAUGUGAGUGGAAUUCCAGAUCCAACUUCUUUCAAAGCGUACGCGUUGUUCAAAAUAUUAGAAAUUGCAAUGCAAGAGGACAAAGAUGAUUUGAUAAAUACAGUUCGCGGAGUAUACGGAUUCAAGGUACUUGGAACAGGUGGUGCGGAGGGCUUCUGGAUCGUAGAUGCUAAAACAGGAAAAGGAAAAGUUGAAUAUUACGGGAAAACUAAACCCGAUGUUACGAUCACGAUUAACGAUGCAGAUAUCGUUGAUUUUAUUACUGGAAAAUUGAAUCCGCAGAAAGCCUUCUUCCAAGGAAAAAUUAAAAUUAGUGGUAACAUGGGAAUGGCAAUGAAAUUGAUUAAUUUGCAAAAGCAUGCUGCUAAGAAAAUCGAUCUUCUUCGUUCUAAGUUGUAAAUUGCGGAGAUCGUGAGAUUUUGGGAUUAGACAAAUUUCAUCUACUUACUCGAAGCUGUAUUAUAUUCGUUUACAUUCGUGAUGUAUUCGUACACAUUGUUUUUUGGUAUAAUAGCAAUAUAGUAAAGAAAAACAAAAAGUCGUUGACUGUCAGUAUGAGAUGUAAUAUUAUAUUGUUAAUAUAUUGA